UGGCCGCAGCCCCACCCACGCGGGACACGCCCACGCGCCGCAUAAACUCUCCCAACAUACCUGUGAGAGCCGAACCCGGGGUGGGCGUGGCCGGGGCAAGUCGGGGAGGGGGGCCAACGCCACGCGUUUCUUUCUGGCUUUUGCGUCGACGAGCGUGAAGACACACGACGGGGGCAACAUGAGCAGGUGUUUGAUUAGCCAGCCGGAGGUGCAGAGCUUCAUCGAGAGGUGCAUGAUGGCGGUGGGCACCAAGCAGCAUCACGCCCGCAGCCUGGCGCAGGUUCUGGUGGAGGGCGACCACAGGGGUCACUACAGCCACGGACUCAACAGGAUGGACAUGUACGUGAAGGACGUCCAGACGGGAAUCUGCGCCAAGGACGGGGAGCCGGUCGUGGACAAGGAGAGCCCCGCCACGGCGCUAGUGGACGGGAGGAACCUUCUGGGCCCCGUGGUGGGGAACUUCUGCAUGGAUCUGGCCAUCAAGAAGGCCAAAGAAGUGGGAAUCGGCUGGGUGGUUGCGCACGGGUCCAACCACUACGGCAUCGCUGGGUACUACGCCAUGCAAGCUCUGAAGGAGAACAUGAUUGGAAUGUCCUUCACCAACACGUCCCCCCUGGUGGUCCCCACACGCGGUAAGGAGUGCACCUUGGGCACCAACCCCCUGAGCGUGGCGGCGCCGUCCAAAGAUGGCGACAGCUUCGUCCUGGACAUGGCCACGUCUGCCGUCGCCCUCGGGAAAGUGGAGCUGCACGAGCGUCGCGGCGACACAAUCCCGGAGGGGUGGGGGUGCGACCCCCAGGGCAAGAUCACCGCCGACCCCAAGAAAGUUCUGAACGGAGGGGGUUUGGUUCCCAUCGGCGGCAGCGAGGCCACAGGAGGGUACAAAGGUUACGGACUGGGAAUGAUGGUUGAGGUAUUCUGCGGCAUCCUGGCCGGUGCCAAGUACAGCAAGCACGUGCGCACGUGGAAAGUGACCGACAGGGUCGCAGACCUGGGUCAGUGUUUUGUGGCAAAACCGGAGAACUUCGCUCCCGGGUUCACCGACCGCAUGGCGGACCUCCUGGCCAUCCAUCGGGGACUGGACUCUGCUGAGGCCGACGCUCCCGUUCUGACCGCCGGAGAUCCCGAGAGGGCCAACAUCGCCAAGUGCCAGCAGAUGGGCGGCAUCUCCUACCACAUCAACGUCGUCAACUACAUGAACGAAUGCGCCAAGAAAGUGGGCGUCUGCCCUCUGCUGCCUUGUGACAGAAUCAUUCCAGAGUAAAAAAAAAAAAAAAAAAAAAAAAUUAAAAUCACCGUUUGGAUUUGAAGACAUCAUCUGAGCUUCUUCACAGCGUCCUUGCCCAAGCCGGCAGCUUGUUUUUUGUUUUUGUUUGUUUGUUUUUUUAAGAUAAUACUGCGACCAAAGGAAAUCUAUUGUUUCUGUGGUACCCAAAGACAAAAAAUCCACAAAUUGUCAAUUAGGAACUGCGUGAAAUGAUAUUUUGUCUCUGGCAUACUACUAUGACACACGACAUGCUGUUACUUCGACCUCAUUUUAAUACUUCACGACUGAGCACAUGAUAAAGAAAAGUUGCCUUUGCGUAUCGCUGCGCGCCUGCCGUUACAAAACACGCGACUGUACUGUGAAGGUGCCUGUGUGAUGUUUUUAAUACGCGGCAUCGCUUUUAAUUCAAUGAAGAAUAUAUACGGAUACAUCCCUGCUCAUUGUUGCGGUAAUAUUCAAGUGCCUUAAUGUUACAAAUAAAAGGUUAUGUAACAUGCA